CUCCUCUGUCCUCUCCUGUGCUCUAAUCGGCUUCCUGGAUGGGACACAUUAUCUGCCUGAUUGUAGAUCUCAACGUAGAGAUAUCUAGCGAAACCACAGGAUUUCUGUCAUAAGCUUCUCAGUUCGCAGUUCAUCGUGCGUAAAAGGCCCAUGUGCGGAUCAUCUUCCGUCAGUUAAACGAUGCGAACUAACGAUAAGUACGAUCAUAGAAGAGGAUUGUAAAGGAAUAUUACGUAUGUUCCGAGACGAAAGACUGUCUCUAUUGACCGUCUUUCUUCUCAAUUAUUAUUAGUUGUCGAUACUGGCUACAGGGAAAACGAUCGGGAUCGUUUUCAAAGAACGCGUUACAACGAUGCAAGAAGCGGGAUGACAUCGAUAAAAAUCCUCAUUAACGUUCCUGAUAUCCAGAGAAGGAAAGCCGAAGGAUUUCUGAAGCAGUGCACCUUGAAGAUUUAAAUGAUGUCGCUGGGACAGAGAUUGUCUGGUGCCGUUGCGGUCUUGCGCGGAUCUUCCGUGCCACCGGCAAAAGAGGGCCAUACAUCGGGAACCGAGCAGAUCGAGAAGAUGCCGUCCGAGAGCGAGAUUGAAAGCAAAAAGCGAGUUGAGGUGACACCUCUUGAUAGAUUACAGGCGGUGGUUGAUUGGAUGGCUGAAAACAUGCUCCUCGUCUUAACUAUCGUCGCGGUUCUCGUCGGCUUGGGUCUUGGAUUUUUAGGUCGAUUACUCGAUCUAUCGCCCCAGUCAAUAAUGCUCGUCAGUUUUCCAGGAGAGAUUCUCAUGCGUCUAUUAAAAAUGUUUGUUCUGCCACUGAUUACUUCGUCCCUUAUAACGGCAAUGGCUCAGCUAGACGUCAGAAGUUCUGGAAGAAUUGGUUUCAGGGCUCUCGCGUAUUACACCGCCACAACUAUUCUUGCUGCUAUCAUUGGUAUCGCUAUGGUUUUGAUCAUACAUCCUGGUGACCCGAGGAUCAAAAAUGUUAUCAUUUUGCCGUCAUCGGAAGAUACUAAAGUUUCGACUCUCGAUGCCUUACUGGAUAUCGUCAGAAACAUGGUACCAGAAAAUCUGGUCCAAGCCUGCUUCCAACAGGUUCAAACUUCGUACGUAAAGAAAAAAGUAAUGGUAGUUGGAAGCACGAAUCAGAGCCAUCAUGUUUCGGAACCGAUAUUGGUAUACAGGGAUGGUACAAAUGUCAUGGGUAUGAUCAUAUUUUGUAUAACUUUCGGUAUUAUCGCAGGACAAUUAGGAUCAAAAGGAAAACUUAUGAUUGAUUUCUUUGUCAUUCUCAACGAAAUCGUUAUGAAGUUCGUCGGUAUUAUUAUUGUCUGGUUCUCUCCAUUUGGAAUAAUGUGUUUAAUAGCAGGAAAAAUUAUGUCUAUCGUUAAUCUUGCUGCCACUGCACAAAUGUUAGGAUUGUAUAUGAUUACCGUUAUAUUGGGUUUAUCAAUACACGCGAUAAUUACGUUACCAAUGAUCUUUUGGUUAUUAACUCGCAAAAAUCCUGCUAUUUUUUUCGCGGGUAUGAUGCAAGCAUGGGUUACGGCUUUGGGAACUGCAUCGAGUGCUGCUACUUUACCAAUUACAUUCCGAUGUCUCGAAGAAAACAACAAGAUUGAUUCACGUAUUACACGGUUCGUUGUAUCGGUAGGAGCUACUGUAAAUAUGGAUGGAACUGCACUUUAUGAAGCUAUAGCUGCGAUAUUCAUUGCACAGAUGAAUGGACGACCGUUAGGUGUUGGCGAAGUUAUAACAGUCAGUUUGACGGCUACCUUAGCUAGCAUAGGAGCGGCAAGUAUACCAAGUUCUGCAUUGAUUACCAUGUUGUUGGUAUUGACAGCCCUUAAUUUACCUGUUGACGAUAUUUCUUUACUAUUUACUGUUGAUUGGAUAUUAGAUCGGAUACGAACUUCUAUCAAUGUAUUAGGCGAUGGAUACGGAGCGGGUAUAGUUUAUCAUCUAAGUAAGGCAGAGCUCGAGAAAAUGGAUGAAGAAAGAAAGUUGGAAGGACUUGAAACAGGUUCACCGUUAGAAGAUAUAACUGAUAAGUGUCAAGAGGAAAUUGUAUCGGAAGAUCAACAAAUUUCCGAGACCAAAAUUUGAAAAAGACAUCUUUUUCUUUUAUGGAGAUUUUUUUGUUUCCAAAUACGUGUUCGUCUAUAUACUAAUAUGUAUAGGCAUUGCUGUAAAAUGGAGAUAUGUACAUUCAUAAUGUACAUAAUUAACUGAUUUUAUUAUAUCUUCCAUCGCUUUCCUUUCCAUUGCUACAAUAAAACAUUCUCUGCUAUCAUUUGUGUAUAAUUUUAGUAUCUUUUAUUGCCGGUGUAAGCAAUGAAGUAAAAUACAAGGUUUUUGUGUAGAUAAAAAAUGUAACCAUAGAACAUUUUUAUUAAAAUUUUACGUUUUCUCUUUUUCAAUACUUCUUCAAACGAUUAUAUAUUGAAUCACAUUAAAACUUAAUAUAAUCUUUGGAUAUGUUAAAUAAUUCUAACUAUAAUUUGUCUUUUGGUCUUUCACUGAGAUUAAGAAUUGGCUUUACAUACAAAACAAUUAUCAUUUAUUUUAUGUGCACUACAGGAUAAAUAAAUAUUUGAUUACAU